AUGCCGCCAAAAACGGCAAAGAAAGCCGAUCCGAAAGGAGGCAAGGCGCCCAAAAAGAAGGAAGGCGGAGGAGGAGGAAAGGCCAAGAAGAAGAAGUGGUCCAAGGGAAAAGUCAGGGAUAAACUCAACAACAUGGUGCUCUUCGAUCAAGCCACCUACGACAAACUAUACAAAGAGAUAACAACGGGCAAGCUCAUCACCCCCUCGACAGUUUCUGAGCGAUUGAAAGUGAGAGCAUCUCUCGCCAAAGCCGGACUUCGGGAACUUCAAGCCAAGGGUCUCAUCAAGUGCGUCGUCAAACACGGAAGUCAACUAGUUUACACCAGAGCGACAAAAGCCGACGAAGUUGUUGUUGAA